CGAGCCUUAAGGCUCCUGGUUUUCUUGCUGAGGCAUAUUAAUAACACUGAUGUGUGGCCAAUUAGGGGAAGGAGCCAGGUCCAGCCCCUCAUGUCUGUGCUCCAGUGAUUUAUCGACAGUAAUUACCGAGGCACUUAAUGGUUAGUUUGGAUGGGAAUUAAUUCUUGGCUGGAUAAAUAAUACAUUAAGGUUUAUUUAGUCAAAUGCAAGACAUCCCUUCCAAGGCCAGUUGGGAAAGUAGAGAGAAGUGAACCUCACCAGGGAAGCCCGGCUCUGGGAAGCUACUGCCAGUGGGACAGGAUAUGGCACGAUGAGAUGCAACAGGGGAAGCAGCAACAAGGCAGGAGGGUCACAGCAUGCUCAGGACUGUAAGGAAGGAUAAGCUGGAAGCAGGAAUAUGUUGAGUCCUAAGAUAAGACAGGCAAGAAGAGCUCGGUCCAAAAGUCUAGUGAUGGGAGAGCAAAGUGGACCUCCUGCCAGGCCAGCUUCCCCCAACCUGUCAGACCGAGCACUAAAGUCCGGCUGGCUAAAGAAACAGAGAAGUAUAAUGAAGAAUUGGCAACAACGCUGGUUUGUGUUACGUGGGGAUCAGCUGUUUUAUUACAAGGAUGAGGAAGAAACCAAACCACAGGGAUUUAUUCCACUCCAGGGGAAUCAGGUGACUGAGCUCCUUCCCAAUCCCGAGGAACCAGGGAAGCACCUCUUUGAAAUUGCCCCAGGUGGUGCAGGGGACCGGGAGAAGAUGCCUGUCAAUCAUGAAGCUUUCCUCCUUAUGGCUAACUCCCAGAACGACAUGGAAGAUUGGGUGAAAGCCAUCCGGCGGGUCAUAUGGGCUCCAUUUGGUGGAGGGAUCUUUGGGCAACGUUUGGAAGAUACCGUGCAAUAUGAAAGGAAGUAUGGCCAUCGCCUGGCCCCACUGCUGGUGGAGCAAUGUGUGGAUUUCAUCCGAGAGCGAGGACUCACAGAAGAAGGACUCUUCCGAAUGCCUGGUCAAGCCAACUUAGUCAAGGAUUUACAGGACUCAUUUGACUGUGGAGAGAAACCAUUGUUUGACAGCACAACUGAUGUCCACACAGUCGCUUCGCUGUUGAAACUAUAUCUCCGGGAGCUGCCUGAGCCUGUCAUCCCUUUUGCCAAAUAUGAAGAUUUCCUAGCCUGUGCUCAGCUGCUCUCAAGGAUGAAAGUGAGGUCAGGCACUCUGGAAUUGGCUAAGCAGGUGAAAAAUCUUCCACAGGCAAAUUAUAAUCUCCUCAAGUACAUAUGCAAGUUUUUGGAUGAAGUUCAGGCUCACUCGAAUAUAAACAAGAUGAGUGUCCAGAAUCUUGCGACAGUGUUUGGGCCAAAUAUCUUGCGUCCCAAAAAAGAAGAUCCAGUGACAAUCAUGGAAGGUACAUCCCUUGUUCAGCAUCUCAUGACAAUCCUGAUUAGCAAGCACAAUCAGCUCUUCAGUGCAGCCUACAGUGACUCUCCAGUCCCUGAGCCAGAAAUCAAGUCCCCUGCUCCUCGUAGUGCAGCAGAAUGGAUAUUAGAGGAGCAUGUGGAGGAAGGCUGGAAAGAGACUAACCCCCUUAGUCUCAGUGAUGGGCCUUCCAAGAGGACUGGUUCCCUGGACAGUGCCACCGUGGGGACCCUUCCCAAGCCUUCCCAAGAUCGGAUCAGUCGGCGUGCCCAGACUUGCCCUAACAAGACCUCCACCAGUCCCAGUAAGAAGGUCCAAACUUUGCCCAACUGGAAGUACUCCUUCAGACAACCUGGGGCCAAGUCGGGGAGUCCAAAGCUAGUUAGCUCUUCCUUGGACAUCAAUAGCCUUCCCACCAGUGGAAAUUGGCUCAUGAAUGGGUUGUCUUCUCUUCGAGGUCACCGUCGGACCUCCUCUGGCGAUAGGGCUAAAGACUCCACCUUACCACAGAGACUCUCCACAUAUGACAACGUUCCUUCAGGCAGUCCUUCCACAAGUGCACAGAGUGUGGCCAGCAUGGCAUGGUCCACUUCCUCUUGCGAGAUCUCAGUGGUAGACUCAGUCAGCAACUGCCCAGUCUGCCAUGCCAGUGGCUCCUCACCCUGCAACUCAGUCCACUUUGAAUGGCCAACUAAAGGCUCCCCAGGCACUUGCAGUGACAUCAAAUCAGCAGACAUGGAGACUAGCAAUGACGGGCUGGCAGCCUGUGUGAGCACCCUGAAUGGCAGUAGCAGCGAGGGGAACAAUUUUAACAGCAUGUCCAGGGACUCUGCCCAAUGUUCCCAUGCCCUGCAGAGCCUGGUCACAGAGCUCAAGGCAGAACUGAGCAAACAAAGGACUGAAUAUGAGUCUAGUUUAAGAAGAAUUGAGGAAGCCAGUUCCGGCUUAAAGAAACAGAUGGCACGGUUGGAAGAAGACUUAGACCAAGAGAGGAAGAAAUUCACGAUGCUGGAAAUAAGAUUGAGAAACUCAGAGCGGGCACGUGAAGAUGCAGAGAAAAGAAAUCAGCUUCUACAGAAGGAAAUGGAAGAGUUCUUUUCCACUCUGGGCACCUUAACUCUUGGGUCAAGAGGCACCAAGGUUCCAAAGUAAAAGCCAACUUUAAAAAAAAUCCAGUUUUAAUUCUGCAUUUUGUUUGAUCUGGUGUCUUGUUCCUGCAGAGCCGCUGUCCUAAGUAUUUGAUUGUCCACUCAUGCAUCAUGAGUAAUACUGAAGGAACCCCAUAAUCCCUUGCUGUCAUUGUCCUGGUUUCUGUAAUGCUAUAUAUCGUAGCAGGGCUAUCAGGGAAAUUAAAGGACCGCUGAAGACUGUGCGUGAAAGUUAGAGGUAAAUAUUACUAUAUCCUAAGGGGGUGGGGUGGUGAGGAUCUCCAGACCCCCUUUGGGUCCCAGGGACCAUCCUAUUCCACGAUAAUGACUGCAAGCAAGUUUGGAACUUGUUCUACUGCACCUUUACCAGGCUGGAGACCAGGGUUCUACACAGUGGCCUGAAGGAUGUCCAAAGGGAAAGUUUCUGAUUGCAUUCCCCCGGCAGCCAGGAAGGCAGUCUGUUCAACUUCUCAGUCAUGGUUACACACGCUUCCUGUAAUGAAUGAAGUGGGACGUGGAUAUUUUGCAUUCUUUAUUAAAUUUGCUUUAAAAACGUUUCAA